UCUCUCUCUCUCUCUCUCUCUCAUACCUACACACACUCUCCCUCUCUCUCUCACACACACGACCCCUUUAUCUUUCACAUACUUGAGUGAAUUCCAAGAACCAAAAAGACUAUCAGUUCCACCCUCAAGUUUCAAUCUUUCUUACUUAAUUCUUCAAAACCAGACACCCGUUUGAAGAUUUGCCAAGAAAGUAUAACCCCAUUUGGAAGUCCAGUUCAAUUAUGGAAAAGGAGAAGUUUUUCACCAAUGAAGGGAAUGGAAUCCCCCAAGCCUGGAAUUCCAUUUUUGGAAUUGGAAUUCAAGGAAGUGAGCUGAAUUGUAGCUCAGAGCAGCUUCCCAACUGCUUCUUUAACCCCAAUUGCGAGAAUUCAAUGGACCAGAGAGAUAUCUUUGAGUCUGCUUUGAGUUCAAUUGUCUCUUCUCCGGCCAAUUCCCACCCCGGAAUCCCAAUUCCAGGCGGUGGUAAUGGCGGUGAGAGCAUUGUUCUAAGGGAAUUGAUUGGUAGGCUAGGAAGUAUAUGCAAUUCCGGGGAGAUUUCACCUCAAUCCCGCAUUAAUGGAAACAACAGCACCAACAAUUCGUCCUAUAACACUCCUUUAAAUUCACCACCAAAGCUUAAUCUCUCAAUAACAGAUCAUCAAAUUCACGGGAGUUUACCAGUUCUCGGGAAUCGCCAAUUACCACCUGCUCCAUUCCCUACAGAUCCUGGAUUUGUUGAAAGAGCAGCAAGAUUCUCUUCUUUCGGUGGGAGGAGCUUUGCGCUAAAAGAAAACGAAUUCCCUCAUGUAAUGGAAUCAGGAAGGCUGUCAAGAUCACAAUUCGCUGGAAUCCCAGAAGAAAACAAAAAAUUCAGCAGACUAUCAAUGUUUUCAACUCAAGAUAACACAGAAAUAGGUGAUUCGAGGGAGGAAUCAUCGGUUUCUGAACAAAUCCUAGGUGGGGAAACUGAAACCGAAACAGUAAUGAAAGGGCAGAGUACAAGUACUAAUGGAAGAAAGAGAAAGGGAAAAGGGAAAGAAACCCAAUCUAGUACUACUACUCUCCCUGUUAAAGAUGACAAGGUUGUGGCAGAAGCAGAAAAAGCGGAAUCAGAUGCAAAAAGAAGCAAGUCAGAUGAAGAAGAAAAGGAAAAAGAAAAAGAAAAAGAAAAAGAAAAAACAAAUGAAAAUGUAAAUGUAAAGCCACCAGAACCACCAAAGGACUACAUUCAUGUUAGAGCCAGAAGGGGUCAAGCUACUGAUAGCCAUAGUCUCGCAGAAAGAGUCAGAAGAGAGAAAAUUAGUGAGAGGAUGAAAUUCCUUCAAGAUCUUGUUCCUGGUUGUAACAAGGUCACAGGAAAAGCUGUGAUGCUUGAUGAGAUUAUAAACUACGUACAGUCGUUACAGAGACAAGUUGAGUUCUUGUCGAUGAAAUUAGCAACUGUUAAUCCUCGGAUGGAUGUUAGCAUGGAAGCACUUUUAUCCAAAGACAUGUUCCGUAGUCGGGUGCCUCUGCCAACCAACAUGACCCCAUUUGAUGCUUCAACGCAGCAAUUCCCUUAUGGAUUUCACUCUCAAAAUGCUGGAAUAGUUCUUGAUGGACCCGAUAAUCAAUUUUCUAUGAACCCUUUAAUGGCAGCAAUGCAUCGCAGCUCGAUCAUGAAGCCUUCUCACAUUGAUGGUUUCGAGGCUUCAGCAUUCUGGGAAAAUGACCUUCAAAGUGUUGUAAAGAUGGCAUUAGGAGGCCAGGAUCAGCCACAAAGCUUUCAUGGUCAAAUGAAAGUUGAGCUAUGAUGAUAUUGAUAAAAUAUUCUUGACAUAAAAUGGGAUUGUUAAUGAGGCCCCGAUUAAGAGAGGCAUCUGUAAUUCUGUAUAGAGAAAGUGGAAGAAAGACAAAUUGAUGGUUUCUUCAUGAAAUUGAGUGUAUAAUUCUAGACUAAUUCAGAGUAUGCGGCUGUGGUGGUGGCGGCAGAUGGUGGUGGUGGUGGCGGUGGAAGGUGGGUGUGAGGUGAUGCAACUAGUAAGAUGUUGUAACAUGGUAGGGAGAAUAUUGUAUGGGUU